CUUCUUUUCCUAUAAUAUUCACGUCUCUUGCACCCGCGCGUACAACCAAAACACUGCUUAAUCAACGUACAGUUUGUUCAGCAUUGUGGUUUUUUGAAGUUGCAAAAUACGUGACGGUAAGCAAAAAAAACCUUUCCCCAACUACCCGCAACAAACGGUGAGAAAACCACUAGUAACCUGCGGGGCUACCUGCAUAUGCAGCAAACGAGAGGUAAUCUUUCAUUUUGAAGUACCAGUAAGUGAACAGUAUUAUUUCGAUUUGCUGUCACAACAAAGGGAAAAGCAGUCCAUAAAGGCCAGCGUAUUAGAAGAGGGGGCUUUAUUUUCAUUUUGGCACCCCGUAAGGCGAGUGAAAAAGCGAGGAUUUUGAUUCGAAAUAUUCGCUAUUCGCGACGGAGGAAUCUCGGUGUAUUUACGAAUUAAAGACUAAUUUGCUGCUGCAUUACGGAAGUCCUAUUGGUGGAAUUGAAGUUGCAUUUUUGGGUGUUUUCUUCUUUGCUGGUAAAAUUAUGGAACGAAGCAUUGGACGACAGGGACCUAUGGUGUCCCCGGGAAUGUCAAGACGGCCUGGUGGCAUGCCGUCACGAGAUAGCUAUCAAUCACAUUCAUAUCACCAGCAACAGCAGACCAGUCCACACCAACAUCACCAGCAACAACCGCAACAGCAACAGCAGCAGCAGCAGCAACCUCAACAGCUGCUGCAGCAAAUACCAAGUCAGUUCCAGCAUUCUCAGCAUGAUGAGCUGAUACGAUACAUUAAUGAAGCAUGGAAUAGCAUUACACAAGACAAAAGCCAAACACCUCCAGUAUUCUACAAGAGUGUACCUGAGCCGCGGUUGGCAGGUUUCACCCCGUUCGAUCUGGAAGCAUGGUGGGGUCGGCGGUUGGUACACAAGAUCAACAUUUCCACCCACGGUCACCAGUAAAUCAGUGCGAUGCAUGCCACUAGUUUGCUGUUGUAAGUGCUUGUCAAUAAAUCGGAAGCAAAUUCAAAUAUCUACUAAAAACACGAAGCAAACCAUUAGAAAGAAAGCAGAAGAAGCAGGACCGCCAUUGGAACUCUCGCCGUCACGAGACGAAGUCUAGGGUUUAAAACCGAUAUAGUUUCAUCUAUUUCGUAAAAUACCUAUUUUUAUGGUGUUAUUUUUGUGGGAGAUGGGGACAAAUUGGCUAAAUUAUGUCCAGGAGCAAAUUAAAUUAUUUCUUGACGAAGAAAUAACAGAAAAAAACAAGAAUAUCCUUGAUUCAUGCAAGGAUCCCCAACACAGAUGUUGAUUGUGAAGAAACCAAUGUCUUUUUAUUACAAAUUAUAAUAUAAAGCAACCGAAAUAAUAUUGUGAAUACCGUAAAACAA